AUCGACGAGAAGACGGAGACCAAACGUCCGCCGAGAGCAGAGGGGAAGGCCCCGGUUUCCCUUCCUCCCUCCCUCUCGGCCUACCCUUGCCGUCUGUGGCCUCAACGAAACGACUGCCGACAACAUGUCUGCACCCUUCGAACCAUGCGGUUCAGCAGAGCUCUGAUGCAACUCUAACUAAUACGUCUGCAGCCGAGCCAUUCGCUCUUCGACGCCUCCCCGCCACCGCCGCGACCACCGACUCGCUGCCUCGUCGCCGUUGCCCAAAUCGGUCGGGAGCGCAAGCGAAGACUGUGCGGCUCGUUCGUUCCCGUGCGCAUGGGAUUUGAGUUUUCGAGCGGUAGAAUAGAUCCGAACGAAGAAUUCUCGCCCGACCCGCCGCCGGCAGCUCGAACGACCGGAAGUGAACACAGGUAGAUAGAUCAUCGACCUGCCGUGCCGACAACCUCAAUCGCAGUGAUCAUGACCACGGAACCGGGAGUGAAAGAUGCCCUUAUGGGAUCGGAUACGCGCGGUGGUUCGCAGAGUCCCUCGUCGUCGGUGACGACACCGACGGAUUCGACGCGUGGCGCUAUCAUCAAGGGCUCGGACACAAACUCCGUGGCAUCAGGUGGUGGAAUCCAACUCAAGAAACAGCUCGGCCUGCUCAAUGGAGUCAGUGUGAUUAUGGGUGUCAUCAUCGGAUCCGGUAUUUUCAUAUCUCCCACGGGAGUUCUGGGCAAGGCCGGUUCGCCGGGUAUGGCCCUAGUUGUCUGGGCAGGCAGUGGUAUCAUCUCGAUGGUGGGCGCCAUGUGCUACGCUGAGCUCGGCACGGCGAUACCCAAGUCCGGCGGCGAUUACGCUUACAUUCACGAGGCGUUCGGUGCGUUGCCCGCGUUUUUAUUUCUCUGGGUCUGCCUGCUCAUCAUCCAGCCGAGUUCGAACGCCAUAGCCGGCCUCGCUUUCGCCAAAUACAUCCUGGAGCCGUUCUUCGAGGGCUGCGCGCCUCCAGUGAACGCCGAGAGACUGAUUGCUGCGACGAUCAUCUGCCUCUUGACUUUCAUCAACUGUUAUAACGUCAAGUGGGCGACUAAACUCCAAGAUUGGCUCAUGUUCACUAAAGUCGUGGCCCUUCUGCUCGUCAUUAUCGCCGGCGCCGUGAGACUCGCGCAGGGUUAUACGGCGAACUUGGCCAACUUCUGGGUUGGGUCAACGACGGAUCCGUCGAAAAUCGCGCUGUCGUUCUACUCUGGGCUGUUUUCGUUCGCCGGCUGGAAUUAUCUGAACUUCGUGACUGAAGAACUCAAAGAUCCAUUCCGGAACUUACCGAGAGCCAUCUACAUCUCACUGCCAACUGUGACGAUCAUUUACCUGUUUGCGAAUAUCUCAUAUUUCAUUGUAUUAUCGGCUGACCAAGUGUUGGUCUCCGACGCGGUCGCCGUCACUUUCUCUCAACAAGUCUUCGGCAAAUUCCACUGGAUCAUGCCGAUUUUCGUCGCGCUCUCCACGUUCGGGGGUCUGAAUGGAGGGAUCUUCGCAUCGUCGCGAUUAUUCUUCGUCGGAGCUCGUCAGGGACACUUGCCAAACGUGUUGUCGAUGAUCAACAUCGACUACUUCACUCCAGUCCCCUCGCUGGUCUUCUUGUGUGCCUUGAGUUUGAUCUAUCUAUCGAACACUGACAUUCGAAUACUGAUAAACUACACGGCGUUCAGUGAAGCGUUAUUCGUCAUGCUCUCCGUCGGGGGCUUGCUGUGGCUUCGCAUCAAGAGGCCUGACCUGAAAAGACCGAUCCGGGUGAACAUAAUCUUGCCCAUUCUGUUCUUCGUAGUCUCGUUCUGCCUGGUGGUGUUGCCAUUCUUCUCGGAACCUCUGGAAAAUCUUAUAGGUGUCGCCAUCUGUCUCUCCGGUAUUCCAGUGUUCUGCCUCACGAUUCUAUGGAAAGAUAAGCCCGAAUUCUACAAGAACGGCAUUGAAUCGGUGACCGCCUUCAUACAGAAACUCCUCGUCAGCGUACCGCAGGAUAAAGUAGAUUGAUCUACUUGUCGGGAAUUCCAUGCUCCCCGAAUUCAAAACUUCCGAAGCCCGAUGUAAAUUGUCCGUAACACAUUUCUCCCCCUGCUGUCCCUCUGCUCGAGGAGCCGUGUUCCCUUCGGAUUAAUGAUUAUGCCGAUUGCCACAAUCAGCCAUGGGUUUGUCUGGAAAACGUAGUGCAUACAACAGACUUUGUAAAAACUUUCCUCCCACUUAUCGUCAAGGUCGCGGCCUCGCCAUCGACUCGGCCCAUAUUUGCGCAGAGUUCAGACGGUCGAUGGUUUUCGAAGGUUUUUCAUGUACAUAUGGCAUAGAUAGAUCCGAGAGGAGAACAUUGUCGGAAGAUGACUCAACGAGACAGAGUUUUUGAAGAUGACCUAUAUUUUUGUAAGACCCAUGAUCUUGAAGGGAGCGUUGACGUACAAUCCACAUGCGACCACUCGAAACAGAAUUCCCCAAAGAUUUUGCUGGCACGGGACUCAUAUAGAAAUUUUAUAGAUUCGCUGAUUUAAUAAAAUUACAUUUAAUUUA